CGGGGGUGGAGGGGGGGGGGGUGGGGCGGCUGAGCGCAGUGGGCCACGGUGGAGCCGCCUCCAGUGAGCAGAGGAGCCGGGAGAUGAUCGUCUGGCCAUCGCACGCUGGUCCGUCGCCCGUGCGCUCUGACUCUGCAGCAACAUGAGCUCCUCCUCAGCCGACCUGCACGGCAAACGACUGCCCUCCGAGACGGAGCGCGGCCAGAGGCUGCCAGAUGUGGACGUGGCGCAGCAGCUCAAGCUGAGGGAACGACAGCGCUUCUUCGAGGAGGUCUUCCAGCACGACGUGGACGUUUACCUGUCGUCCGCUCAUCUUUGCAUCAGAGACUACAAGAGGCCCCCCAUUGGCAGCAUCUCGUCUAUGGAGGUGAACGUGGACCUGCUGGACCAGAUGGAGCUGAUCGACAUCUCGGACCAGGACGCGUUGGACGUCUUCUUCAGUUCUGGAGAGGAGGGGGUGCUGACGUCGCCGCUGACGGGCAAAGGAAACAACAACAACAGCAGCGGCCUCUUUCGACACGUCCUGGAGGGUCUGGAGGCCAAGUCCCGCACGUCCUCCGCAUCUUCUCACUCCUCCUUGGACAGCCAGACCGCCAACGGAGGCCACACCCCCGUGGCCGGGUCCGAUGACGACGAGACACACACCAGCACAGCCAGGAGGAGAGCGGCGCCUCCAGAGAGGGAGCCGCAGCCGCAGACGCAGCCGCAGACGCAGACGCAGACGCAGACGCAGUCGCAGUCGCAGACGAAGCCGCAGACGCAGACGCAAACGAAGCCGCAGACGCAGAUGCAGCCGAGUCUGACGGCAGGACAGUAGCAGCAACAGAGGCCUCUCCUCUGCGACUGCCUCCCCCCGUCGUAGGACUGCUCACGUUUAGCCUGUAGCUGUUGGACACAGAGAACUGAACUUUUCCUUCAAACUCUCAUCUGGUGUCACUCCUGUUUCGGCAUGUUUUAGAGAACGUGAUGUGUUCCCCUCUUUUUGACCUCACAGGAUCAUUGACUGAUAACUCUGGUGCAGCGAUAACAUUAACAUAUUAGCAUAUUUAGCGAUAGCAAAACAGAUGAAGAGUGAUACUUAUAGUAAUCAAGUCAAAAUGAGAUUUCUAAACCAAUUGAAGCUUAUUUUCCAAACAAUGCAAAUCUUUGUUGUUAACUCACUGAACAUGUUUCCUUGUUUACCAAUAAAAGACCAGAAGACG